AGGCCUUGUGUGCUCCCUACAGACAAGUCAAACAGAUGACCCCAGGGAGGGAGCUGUAAUAUGGAGCAGUGCAGGGCGACCACCAUUUCAGGCAGCUGUUUCAGGACAUUAUUUGGUGAAACCCCUUUCACUGGGUGUCCCAGUCAACCUCAUCAACAGUGCUAAACUUGGAGCUUCUAAGUUUUUGCCGACUGUAGAAAAUGUCUCCUUUGAAAGAUGCAGAACUGGGUGCAUUUACGUUUUUCGCGUCAGCUCUCCCUGAUGUUUGUGGAAGCAAUGGUCUUCCUCUUACAAACUCCAUUAAAAUUUUGGGAAGAUUUCAAAUUCUGAAGACUUUUGUGCACCCCAGACUUUGCCAGUACGUGGAUAUCACUCGUGGAAAACAUGAAAGGCUUAUUGUGGUAGCAGAGCACUAUGAGAAAAGUCUUGAAGAUCUGACGCGCGAGAGGAACCCUGUGAGCCCUAUGAAGAUCCUGCGCCUUGCGUUUGAAGUCCUGCAAGCUUUAGUCUACAUAAACCAGCACAGAAUGGUUCACCGCGCUCUGGCUCCUCACAAUAUCCUCCUUGAUGAAGAGGGUCACAUCAAAUUGGCUAAAUUUGGUCUGUAUCACAUGACUGAUCAUGGUGCAGAUGUUGAUUUUCCAAUUGGAUACCCAUCAUACCUAGCCCCAGAAGUAAUUGCUCAUGGAAUUGUGAAACCACCAGAUCCUACCCAGUCUGAAAGAUCUCUUCCUUCAGGGCCAAAGUCAGACAUCUGGUCUCUUGGAAUGAUCUUAUUUGAGCUUUGUGCAGGAAGAAAGUUAUUUCAGAGCCUGGAUAUUGCUGAGAAAUUGAAACUAAUACUUACACUGGACUGUGUUGAUGACAUUGUGACCGUCCUUGGGGAAGAGCAUGGCUGUGUAGAAAUUAUUAAGGGGCUGCCUGAAAAUGUGUCAGCCUUAUUAAGGAAAUGCCUUGUAUUCCAUCCAUCUAAGAGGCCCACUGCUGCUGAUUUGCUUGGUGACAUUGUGUUCAGUGAAGUGUCUCCCCUAUACUUGCCCUUUCACAAACCUGUUAGUCUUUUCUCAUCGACACUGCGAUGUGCUGACUUAGUCCUGCCUGAAGAUGUCAGUCUCCUGUGUAAAGAUGUCGAUGGGGACUUUCUUGCAGAAAGGUCAAUAGAAGAGAUAUAUUAUCUGUGGUGUCUGGCAGGCGGUGAUUUGGAGAAAGAGCUUAUGAGCAAAGGAAUUAUUCGUUCAAAGCCCCCAAUCUGUACUUUACCUAACCUUUUGUUCGAGGAUGGUGAGAGCUUUGGACAAGAUCGAGACAGAAGCUCCCUUUUGGAUGACACUACAGUAACUCUAUCUCUUUGUCAACUAAGAAAUAGAUUAAAAGAUGUCCCAGGUGAAGCAUUUUAUCCACUACUGGGAGAUGACCAAUCAAAUGUACCUCACUCGGGUAGUAACAGUGAACUAUCUACCUCUGCCACACUUCCCCUGAUAAUUCGAGAGAAAGAUACUGAGUAUCAGCUCAAUAGGAUUGUUUUGUUUGAUAGGCUGCUCAAGGCAUACCCCUAUAAAAAAAAUCUGAUUUGGAAGGAAGCCCGUGUGGACAUCCCUCCACUUUUGAGGGGCUUAACUUGGGCUGCGCUUUUAGGUGUAGAGGGAGCGAUCCAGGAAAAGUAUGAUGCAACAGACAAAGACACACCCAUACCUACAGACCGACAAAUUGAGGUAGAUAUCCCUCGUUGCCAUCAGUAUGACGAGCUGCUGUCAUCACCUGAGGGACAUGCCAAAUUUCGAAGAGUGCUCAAAGCCUGGGUGGUGUCGCACCCUGAUUUAGUAUACUGGCAAGGCUUGGAUUCUCUGUGUGCCCCUUUUCUUUACUUGAAUUUUAACAAUGAAGCCCUUGCAUAUGCCUGCAUGUCUGCUUUUAUACCCAAAUACCUGUACAAUUUCUUUUUGAAGGACAAUUCUCAUGUUAUUCAAGAGUACUCCACGUGCGUGAGCACAAUGUUAUCAAUAUGAAAUCCACUAUUACCAAAUCAUUUAUUUGCAGUUGGUUUUAUUUUACAGCUUUAUGCAAUACCUUGGUUUCUUACAAUGUUUACACAUGUUUUUCCAUUGCACAAGAUAUUCCACUUGUGGGAUACAUUACUCUUAGGGAAUGCUUCCUUCCCAUUCUGUAUUGGAGUGGCUAUUUUGCAACAGCUGAGAGUAAGACUUCUAGCAAAUGGGUUCAAUGAAUGCAUCCUUCUAUUUUCUGAUUUGCCUGAAAUAGACAUUGAGCGUUGUGUUCGUGAAUCAAUCAAUCUCUUCUGCUGGACACCAAAGAGUGCUACUUAUAGACAGCAUGCACAGAUGCCAAAACAAAACCAUGAAAGCAAUGGUAUGAGCCGACCGCCAAGCAGCUUCUCUUCUGACUUCCAGGAAUCUUCCAAGAUUGACCUGGGUCGUGAACCAAUUAAGUUAAGUGAGUUGAAGACUGAGGUUUCGCCAAGAAUCUCUGCAGAAGAUCUGAUUGAUUUAUGUGAGCUGACGGUGCCAAGUCUUUCCAAAUCCUCUUCCAAGAAAAGCAAAUCCAGCAGGCCCAAGCUACUUGUAGUAGACAUCCGGAACAGUGAAGACUUUAAUCGGGGGCACAUACCAGGGAGUAUUAAUGUGCCAUAUGGAUCAGCUUUCACAACAGAGGGAGAUCUUCUGCAGGGUCCUGCAUGGACAACACUCCAGAGCUUGAAAGGCAAAGUAAUAGUUACUGUGGGACAUGUGAUGCAGAAUGCAGCUGAGUUUGCAGCUCAUCUGGUAAAGCUGGGCUACCCGAGAGUAUGUACCCUGGAUGGCGGCAUUAAUAAGAUGAGGCUCACUGGCCUACUGACCGUUCCCUCUCCUCAUAUAUAAGGAAGAACAUUAUGAUGUUUGUGCACGCGCUACUCUGGGAUGUUUCUUUUGAUAAAAGUCAAGUUUAUCAAAAUUGCCAGUAACCAAAUCGAUAAUGGGGAUUAUUUGUUGCACAUAUUUUCGAUCAAAAUCUUCAUAUUUUGUAAAUAUACAAUAAACAAUUUAGUAGUCUUAAGAAUAUUUGUUUUACAAUAGCAGUUUUUUAAAAAAAAACUAACAAUUAUGUGGUAUAAAUUGUAAAGACAUAUUAGAAAGAUGAUUCAAUACAAGGUACAGUAUAUUUUAAAAGGCACAUUGUAUUAGUUUUUUUGUUUUUGGAGGGCAUUUCAAAAUGUAUUUCAGUCUCCUGGUUUUUUGAAAAAUCAAUGUUACUGUUCUAAAUAAACCAUCUUCGCUUGUCAGGCUUGUGGAGGUUCGUCUAUCGCCACCAAUAGAAUUGUAGCAGCUGUCCUAAUUAGCCAGUGAGCAAUGAAUAUCUUGGUUUGUGCUUUGUACAAAUAUGUAUGUUUUGCUAGAUAAAAUUUACAUUAAAACUAAUUUUACUUCACCUUUUUUGUGCAAAAAGUAUUUUACCUGUGUUUAAUUCCUCUUCAUCCAUAUACAUGACAUACAAUGACUAAUCCUAUAUUAUAAAAGACAAGAGUUUGUCUGAAGCCGUCAUGCGCAGUUCAGACAAACUCUUGCAGCUGAUCGCACGCGCACCGACCCGGCAGCAGCGCGAGGACCCGGCAGCACAGCUGAUCGCACGCGCAGGGGGUGAAACAAAGCAGCGCGAGGACCGGCAAGUAAAGGCGCACGAGAGAGAGAGAGAGAGAGAGAGAAAAAAAAUAAAAUAAAUAAAUAAAUAAAAAUAAAACAAAAACACAACACGGCCAGUGUGAACGGGUUUUAGGACUAGUACAGUAUAUAAUUAGGAGUGCAUUUCUAGUAAAUAGUGACACCAAUGUUUUUACAUUUAGUUUUGUUUUUAUAUAUAUAUAUAUUUAUAAUUUGAAGUGUCCUGAAACAUUGUUAGUUUUUUGUAUUUCAUCAAUCAUAUAGGGUUCAAGGAUGCUUAUUUUGGCUUUGUAUAAAGCUGCAUAGACAACAGAGUGAUCUGCGGCCUUAAUUCUCAAGUUCAUUUAAUUGCAUUGUGUCUGGUUGGGAAUCCUUUAAAUUGACUAAUAUAAGUGUUGAAUUUAACAGAUUAAAUUACACACUUUCUGAAACAUAUUUAGGCUGGAGAAAUAAAAAAAAUAUGCUCCAAACCUCAGGUCACCUAUUUACAGUGAUCCACUAAAAAAUCUGUCACACUAUGAGCUAAAUUACUAGUGCCGCGCAAUUUAUCGUGUAGGUAGCGCAUGUAAUACACGUGGAAAGUAAAAACUUUCAUUAGUUAUGUAAGAAUGAUGAUGGACUGUACUUAAUAUUUCAGACCUGCAAUAAUCUAAUUUAAGACAAAUGCUAAUAUGUAAUAUAUAAAAAUGUAUUUAUAAAAAAAAAAUCAGGCUGCAAAAAUAGUUUAAUAUAUAUAUAUAUAAAAUGCAUUUAACAUGACAUUUGAGAUAUAGUUCAAAAUAGAAAAACAAGCUGUUUUCUGUAUUAACUACAUUUUUAUAUUGCAUGUUAUGUAUGUAAUAAUUGCACUAUAUGGUUAGUUUGUUUUCCCAGAACAUUUUCUAAUAUGAAUUAAAUGCAAAUUGUUCUACCAACCAUUAAGUGACAUUAAAUGCUGUUUAGAUUGAUAGAGAGGAAAAUAAAUAGUGUACUUUUUUAUCAAAUUAAAUAUAAAAGAAAUUAGAAGACCCCUUUCUGUUUCUUGUUAUCUAUAUACAAUUUGGUUACAAAAAGCAACAUUCCAGAGCGACAUUUGCCCUUUCUUGCCCCACUCGAAACUUCCAUGGACCUACAUAAAAUAUUGCUCUCUAAAUAGGUGUACAUCUUAUACCGACAGCUGGAGGGAAUAGAAAGUGAGGAGAGAUGCUUUAUGGGUAAAUGAGAAGAUGACAUAUGACUUUUUCAGGAGCGGUAACAUAUUAGGCUACCUGCCUCUCUGUAAUUGUCGUUUGCCUUACAUGGCUGAAUAAAGUUUUAUAAGUGUGACAAUGGUAUUAACAGUAGCAGCAAAUGUGACUUUAGCUGCUUAGCUAACACUGACGUUCCAUGUUUAUUGUAUCAACCAAAAGCUGAAUUUCUAUUACAGAUGCUUUAAAUAAGGGAUUUCACUUAAAUCUAUUUUUAAAUGAAAGUCAUUCCAAUGUUUUUCUUUGUGUAGCAGAAUAUUAUCUUGUAUAAAGAUAUUGUGAUUAAAGCUGUGUGUGCCAAGCAGUAACAGAAGCCAACGAAAAAGCAGUUUUGUUUGUGUAAGAAAAUGAUACCGUGCUAAUAAAAUAAUGAACAAAAUCAAUGUAGCUCAAGCUAUCAGAGAGCUACAGUAAUAAAAGCACAAGAUCAAACAAACAAAUAAACACAAUGAGCUGGUGUUUAGCUAUGUCUGAAAGUAAUAUUAUUUGCUUACAAGUAGAACAAUUCUUGCUUAGAAAAAGGCUAAUAGUUUGUUCCCAGGUUUUUUGUCGCACUAUUAAAAGGGCAUUAAACAUCGCUUGUUUUUGCAUUAAAAAUGAUGUUUGUCCCGUGCUCUCUACAGAGGACAAAAAGUCGAUUCUGUAACCUGCAAAUGCUGCAAAUCAUAUAGACGGUAUUGGCAAUUCGCAGCGUUUGGAAAACCUAGGUUACAAAUUUUGCGUUUUAGUCUAUCUAGGUAGAGUUGGACAUCACAAUUUUUACACAAAAGCAAAGAGGUAUUUAAAGGGACAAUCUGCUUGAUUUUUUUAUUGUUUAAAAAGAUAGAUAACACCUUUAAUACCCAUUCCCCAGCUUUGCAUGACCAACAUAGAUUGCCUGUUUCUUUUUUUCUUUUUUAAAGUGAUGGUAAAUCCUAGCGCUUGUGAAACGCUAGGAUUUACCAGUGGAACAAAUAAAUCAAAUACUUCAAGCUGAAAGUUCCUUUAUUUGUCUGAAGUGUUCUCCGUACUGAGCUCCUCAGGCAGCCCACGGCAGAACACUAUUUUGCUGGGAGGUCACAUUUCCACCUCUUAGCCAAUAGCCGUACGGGCCAGCUGGCUCCAUGCUGGAUAGCUAGCAUGCUAUUGGCUAAGAUUACCUCACAGCAAAAUAGCGUUCUUGUAGCUUAAUUAAAGGGACAUGAAACCCAACAUUUUCUUUCAUGAUUCAUAUAGAGCAUAUAAUUUUGAACAGCUUUCCAAUGUAUUUAUAUUAUCAAGUGUGCUUCAUUGCCUUGGUAUUCUUAGAUGAAGGAGCAGCAAUGCACUACUGCAAGCUAGCUGAACACAUCAGGUUAGCCAAUGGCAAGAGGCAUAUUUGUUCACUUACUAAUAGUCAGCUAACUCCUAGUAGUACAUGGCUACUCCUAAGCAUACCUAGGUACUGUAUGUUUUUCAAUAAAAAAUACCAAGAGAAUGAAGAAAAUUUUGAUAAUAAAAGUAAACUGAAAAGUUGUUUACAGUUGCUCUUUCUGAAUCAGGAAAGUUUCAUCUUUACUGUCCCUUUAAGACACAUUUUAUAUAAUAGACAUAAUGUGAAAGACAAUAUCUCAUAUGCUAAUCCUGAACUAUGUUGAUGAUGAUGAUGAUGAUGAAGAUAAAUAAGGACAGCACAGAAAAAUGUCGGAUUCGUUUUUGUUUAAAAAAUAUUUCACUUGCAUAGUUAAUUUACCAAUGUGUAAAUAAACACAUUUCAUUUAUAACAUUUAUAGUGUAGCAUUAAGGGAUAUAUUGUAUAAUGAAGUAAAAUAUUUACUUGUAUGUUAAAGCCAGUAAGCCCAGCCUAUUGACUGUGAAACCAUUCAUUUGUUAUAAACUUGUCAAUAAAUAAAGCAUCAUUUGAAUUGUC